UCUUUUUUUUUCUCUCCCACUGUGGCCUUCUCUCCUCGCCUUCCCCUGCCCCUCCCCCUUCGUCCUUUUCAGGCAUGACAUCUGGGAAGUGAAGAGGAAGGAGCCCGUAGGGUUAGCGCCCCAGAGCGCAACCGUGGCAGCUUUCUUUUCUCUAGGAUGUACUGAGCUGCUAACGGCUGCCCAGCAGAUUGUGAAUCAGAAGGUAUUCUCAGCUUCUGUUUAUUUUCCUGUUGUUUUUAAUCCCUCCUAGUAGGAGGGAAAUGGAAGCACUGGCAGACACCUUCACCCAGACCUCCUGUCCUCAGUUCUGACACUUCAGUCUUUCCCUCCUGGUUCGAAGGCAAUAACUUCCAGACUUCAGCAAAGGAACAGAAAGAUCUAUUCCUUCCCUCGCCAGAAGAGACAGUGUAGACCUGUUUAUCUGAAGAAAUGGAUACUUCUCCCUCCAAAAAAUAUCCUGUUAAAAAACGUGUGAAAAUACACCCCAACACAGUGAUGGUACAGUAUACUUCUCAUUACCCCCAACCAGGAGAUAGUGGAUAUGAAGAAAUAAAUGAAGAUUAUGGAAGUUUUAUGGAAGAAAAUCCAAAGAAAGGACUUUUGAGUGAAGUAAAAAGAAAAGGAAGAACUUUCUUUGGGACUAUGGAUAGUCGAACCCCACCAAUUGAAGAACCAAAGACCAACGAGAUCCAACAAUUCCAGAGCUUUGCAGAAAGAAAUAUCUUUCAGUCCAAAAAGACUUGGAUAGUGUUGUUUGGAUCUGCUUUGGCUCAUGGAUGUGUGGCCCUUAUCACUAGACUUGUUUCUGAUCGUUCCAAAGUGCCAUCUCUAGAACUGAUUUUCAUUCGAUCUGUCUUACAGGUAUUUUCUGUGUUGGUUGUGUGUUACUAUCAAGAACCCCCUUUUGGACCCAGAGGAUAUAGACUGCGGCUCUUUUUCUAUGGCAUAUGCAAUGUCAUCUCUAUCACCUGUGCUUAUACAUCUUUCUCAAUAGUUCCUCCCAGCAAUGGAACCACUAUGUGGAGAGCAACAACCACUGUAUUUAGUGCUAUUUUAGCUUUUUUGCUGGUAGAUGAACGAAUGGCUUAUAUUGAUAUGGCUACAGUUGUCAGCAGUAUUUUGGGUGUUUGCCUUGUCAUGAUCCCCAACAUUGUUGAUGAAGAGAACUCUUUGCUGAAUGCCUGGAAAGAAGCAUUUGGGUACACCAUGACAGUAAUGGCAGGACUGACCACUGCUCUUUCCAUGAUAGUAUACAGGUCCAUCAGGGAGAAGAUCAGUAUGUGGACUGCCUUAUUUACCUUUGGUUGGACUGGGACAGUCUGGGGAGUGUCCACUAUGUUCAUCAUUCAAGAACCCAUCAUCCCAUUAGAUGGAGAAACUUGGGGAUAUCUCAUUGCCAUAUGCAUCUGUUCUACUGCAGCUUUCUUAGGAGUUUAUUAUGCAUUGGAUAAAUUCCAUCCGGCUCUGGUUAGCACAGUGCAACACCUUGAGAUUGUAGUGGCUAUGAUCUUACAGCUUCUAGUGCUACACAUUUUCCCCAGUGUCUAUGAUGUCUUCGGAGGGGCAAUCAUCAUGAUCAGUGUUUUUGUCCUUGCUGGUUAUAAACUUUAUUGGAGAAAGUUAAAAAGGGAGGACUAUCAGGAGAUACUAGAUUCUCCUAUUAAAUGAGACUCAAUUUUCAUUUUCUAAAUCAUGUUCAAUUAUGUGCACUGCCAUGUUGUAUUCAUGUAUCAAUGGUUUUUUGUGUUGUAUAAUGGACAGAGUUCUAUAUAAUAUAUAGUUGUAAAAAGAUGAAAAAUAUGCAAAUAUAGAAAGAUUUAUAUUAGUCUAACAUAUUAUAAAUGCAAAUAUUAAAUAUAUGAAAUAUUAUGGACUUUGGUCUUUUAAAAAAACUAAUUAAAGGGUAACUGAUAGAAAAGUAUGCUAACCUUAGUUAUCAUCAAUUUCUGCACUAAUAGAAAUUUUCUCUUAUAAGAAAAUUCAAGCUUAUUGAAAUUUAUAAAUUAGAAAAAGUUAAAUGGUAUUAUGGCACUUUUUAUAUCUAUAGUUGUUUUAACAUUAUGCCUGAAUCCCUUCACAUAUACAGUGUAUAUUCCUGAAAAGCUGGCUGUAAAAAGAGAUUCUAAUCAUAAAACCUAAUUUCCCCACUGAUUUGCAUUAUUAAAUUGUCAGUAGCAGACUAGAGAAUUGAGGCAGUGUAGUUGGGGUUAGAAGGUAGUGGAGAAGGAAGGCUUUUUACUGACUCAGUUUUGAUUGUAGUAAGUAACAGUCACAACAAAAAACCCCAAAACAAAACAAAACCAAAAAACCCUGGUAUUUCCUUUGUCAGGGUCACCCAUGAGCAAUGGAGGUAGGGCAGAGAUUAGUUUUUGCUCCGACUUGGUGGAUCCAAUCCCAUUGCUGAGGUACUGUUUUUUUUCCAUUUAGCUUCACAGGUUUACAAAUCUGUCCUGGUGGCUGCCCUCUUACCUUGCAACAGAAGAAGUGCUCCUAACUAUUGGUAGAGGUGCCAGCAGGGGAAAUAGCAAAGGAGUAAAUUAACAUGGCAUGUUAUUUAAAGAUUUUUCUCAGGGGAACCAAAAAAGUCUCAAGGGCACAUAUUAAUGUGUCAUAAUACAUUUGCUCUCUACUCAUUAAUUCAGUUAAAACACUCUUCUGUCUAUUGGAUUUACACAGAUAGGAUAUAUCAAUAAUAUUAGAAACCUUACAGCCAAAUUUCAGUCUGUAGUUGACUUUCUGAAAAUGAAAUGAGAAUGCAGAGGUGUUCUUUGUUCUACAAUAAUUAACAGGUUUUCUGACUUGCCAUAAUAAUGCUUUAUUUCAGAUAUUUAAAUCUUGCUCAUUUCAACUCUCAGUUGACAACUGAGUUCCCUGAGACAGCAUGUGAUAGAAAACUCACUGAACUGGGAGUCAAGAGAGUUGGGUACUUAUGCCAACUGGUUACUUCUUUGAUAUGUCAUAAACUCUCUGGGACUCAGUUUCUGUAUCUGUAAAAUGAAGCGGUUGAGGUAGAUGAUUUUCCCCCUAGUUUUAAAAUUCUUUGAUUCCUUCAUUGAACCUUUAAAUAAAUAAAAAUAUUAAAAAAACCCAAACUUAACAUUUUUCUGAGUGAGGUACAUUUAAGAUAGUUUUAACUAACAACUGCUUGGUUGAUUUUCUCAUUCUUUGGAGCCUGAGCCAGUUGGGAAAGGAAUACAAAGGUAUCUUGCUUUAAGUACCAUUCUUCUAAUAUUAAAAUUUGAAUUUGUGGGGGCAGCUAGAUGGUGCCGUGGAUAGAGCACCGGCCCUGGAGUCAGGAGUACCUGAGUUCAAAUCUGGCCUCAGAUACUUAACACUUACUGGCUAUGUGACCCUGGGCAAGUCACUUAACCCCAGUUGCCUCACCAAAAAAAAAAAAAAUUGAAUUUGCAAAAUAUCUGAAGUUUGCAAAAGGAUUAUGCACUCUAUAAAGGGAAUAGCCAGGCAGCUAGGUAGUAUAGUGGAUAGAGCAGAGGGCCUGGAGUUAGGAAGACUCAUUUUCUUGAGUUCAAAUCUGACUUCAGACACUUACUAGCUGUGUGACCUUGGGUAAGUCACUUAACCU